CAAGAAAAUUUCUGUAUUUCUUUUGAGAGGAAAAAAAAAAAAGAAAACCCACAAGAGAGAAACCGCCAACCCUUGAACUCCUCUGGAUUCAAAUCGCGUUGUGCUUCGAAAGAAGAAUUUUUUUUUUAUUCUGAUUUUCACAUUUUCUCAGCAUCCAAACAGGGGAUUUUAUUAUUCAGUUUCUUCGGAAUCCGCUAUUGUCGAUAUUGCGCGCUUGUGUGAUUAAUUCGAGUUAUCGGUGAAAUAGAGCGAGUCCGAAGGUCAAAUGGAGGCUCGAGUUGCUCAGACGUUGCAAUUUUCCGCCUGGAUUCCCUCGGAAAAAGUUGUAAGGAGACCGAGCGGUUCGGUUCCGGUUUCCCGGACAUUGAAGGAUCAGAGAAAGCUUCAGGUGAUUGUUUCGGCUCGCUUUCCAACGUCAAAGGCGUCUGAUCGACCUAGAAAUGCCGCUUUGGAGGUGUCCUGUUCUUAUAAGAACUUUCCAGGUUCGGUAGUGGAAUCCGAAAACUAUAAUGCAUCUAUUGAUGAAGCUCUACUUCUGAAGAAUAAGUCAGAAGAGAUUGGGCCAUAUUUAAAUGGGCGUUGCAUAUAUCUUGUUGGUAUGAUGGGCUCUGGAAAAACAACUAUUGGAAAGAUUUUGUCAAAGGCACUUGAAUAUUCCUUUUCUGAUUGUGACACGUUGGUGGAGCAAGAAGCUGGGGGAAUAGCUGUGGCUGACAUUUUUAAGCUCCAUGGAGAGGGCUUCUUCAGAGAUAGGGAGACCGAGGUACUGCGGAAGCUAUCAUUAAUGCAUCGUUUUGUUGUUUCCACUGGUGGAGGGGCAGUUAUUCGGCCAAUCAACUGGAAAUAUAUGCACAAGGGUGUAAGCGUCUGGUUAGAUGUACCUUUGGAAGCCUUGGCUCAAAGAAUUGCUACUGUUGGUACUGGUUCUCGCCCUCUUUUGCAUCAUGAUUCAGGAGAUGUAUACACCAAGACUUUCAUGCGUCUGUCUAGUCUUUUUGAAGAGAGGAGUGAAGCAUAUGGCAAUGCCAGUGCCAGGGUUUCUUUGGAAAAUAUUGCAACCAAAUUUGGAGAAAUAGAUGUGUUGGAUAUCACCCCUACUGCUAUUGCAAUUGAGGCGCUCGAACAAAUUCUCAACUUUCUGAAGAAAAAGGAAGGUAAUGCAUUCUGAAUAAAAACUAAUUCAGCAUGCAAAGGCAAUUUUCUGAAAUAAUUUACGGAUUUGUGAGUUGGCCAUGGCACAUUCUUCUCCUCUUUUUGACCUUGCCUGGUGGGGGAUUUAAACUCUCUACAUUACGGUGAAGUCAGAUGUAGAAUUAUUGCAAAGCUAGCUAUGCCUGAAACCAUUUUUCGACACCCUGCGUUUUAGAUUAUAGUAAAAUCCCUGAUUCCCAAAUUAAAGAAAAAAAAAACAAUAAAAUUUUAUGGGCUAACAAGUACGCUAAUUUUUAUAAUGUAAAAAAAAAAAAAAAAGAAUGCAAUUGUCAAACAUCUUUGGGCAGAAAAAAAGAAUGCAAUUGUCAAACAUCUUUGGGCAGAUGGUCAAAGUAUGUGAAGGUGAAGUUGCCCACUGAACGGCAAGUGAAGUUCUCCAGUGUCAAUGUCGCAUUUCUUUUACCGACGGUUCUUCAAAAGUUUCGACUGAAGUGCCUCGGUGUUUAGAUAUGUUUAUUCAAAAAAAAAAAAAAGUUGUGUUUAGAAGAGAUGUAUCUCAGCAGGAAACUUUCACAUUUGUCGCUGAUAAAUUGUUAGCAACCAUCCAAAUAGAAAGGCCAAAAUCAAGGUAGGCUUUUGAUAUAUGAUAUAUAUAAUAUAUGUUCACUUGAAUUAACAGGCUUACUAGCUCGUUCAAAUUCAUAUCAUGCGUGUUUGGUUCAUAGAUCUGGACCAAUGCAGUACAAUUUGAACCGACCGCAAAUUUGGAGUAAAAAAAUUGAUUGUUUUCGGACCGAUGUUUGUUGCACGAAGACAAACGUAAAUAAAGUCAAUUUGUUCAUAGUGGAAUUUUUUACCGUGUGUUUUGGUAGAUUACUGUGUCACGAGAGAUUACUCAGCUCUGAGAAGUGUAGCUCAAUUGCACCUAAUGGAUUUUCUUUUCUUCUUCUUCUUCUUUUUUUUUUUUUUUUGGAACUUGAAUUUUUUUUCAAAUAUGAAAACCAUCAGCCAAAACAAAAGGGCCAAUGCACAAUGGAAUUACAUCAAUCCCACAAAAUUACAGAGCAUAAACACUCCGUAAACAGUGGCCUAUAAUAUUCCUUGGAUGUAGCAAACAAAACCACUAUUUUUAAGGCUAAAACUUGCCUAAUAUCAUUUAGACCUAGUUUAU